AUGUAUUAUACGUGCUUCUUACAGAGAGAUACGUCUAUCUCCAGAAGUCCUCGUACGCAUUCCAAAGACUGUCCAACGCAUUCUUCUAACAAACUGGGUAGACGUUUUUUACUCCACAAGCCAACUCAGCGACUGCGUUUUUUCUUGUCUGCAAAAUCAAAGAAACCCUCGUUUGAACUUAGACAAUCGACGGACACUGCCAAAUGCUUGUCGACAUCUUUCACUGCUCGUUGCGAUAAACACCUGCCAUCCGCGUCCGUUCUUUCUUUGUUACAUAUGGCAGUUUCCUUACAUAGCGUCCUGGAUCCAACACACUUCUGUACAAUUUUUACAUAUAUUAGCCCCCAAAAAGAAGACAAUUGUCUGUAUAAAAGAAAACACACAGACUAUCUAUCUAUCUAUCUAUCUGGAGAAUCUCUCUCUCUCUAUCUCUAUCUCUCUCUCUAUCUCUCUCUCUCUCUCUCUAUCUAUCUAUCUAUCUAUCUCUCUAGUUUCCUAUCGCUGAAUACUUUCCUCUUUUUAUACACUUUUUGUAAUUUCUCAAAUUCUCUUUCUAUUCUCCACUCUCUCUCUCUCUCUCUCUCUCUCUCAUCCCAUCUCUUUCUCCCUCUCUCUCUCUCUCUAUAUAUAUAUAUAUAUAUCCUUCUUUCUCAAGUUGUAUCUAUACCUUCUUUUUUUAUGUUAGUUCACUAUUCCUCUUCGACUCUCUAUUUUCUAGUGCCGUGCUUUUUUUAUUGUUUUGUUUCCCCCCCCCCACCUUUACUUUCAGUCUCAUUAAAUUCUAAAUUUCCAUUCAUUUUUUUUCCCAUCCUUUGA